UGUACAAAAAUGGCUGAAACAAAAAUGAAUUAAAAAAAAAACGUAGACAUACAUGCAUAGACAUUUAAAAAAGCAAAACGCAGCAACUCAAACUAGAGCUAAAAUUAAAAUCUCAGUGGUAACACUGCGAAGGAUGGCCUGUUUACUUUUGCCACAGGCUGGGCUUAAUAAUGGGGAUGUUUAAUUACAUAAUUUGUGCCAAUUACCUGACUAAUGAUGAUGAGCAGUAGGUUUAACCACAUUUAAUUCAAAUCAGAGCUUUCAUGUCAAGCUUUUAUCCUCUUUAAUGGACCCUCUGGCCUUUUGGAAUCGCCCACUGGAUCCGACGCGAGAGCCAGAUGGGGCUGGAGCUGUGCCUCCAUGCAUGUCUCUGCCCUGAGGAAAGUCCCCCAGCAGUGAGGGUAGACUGUCUGCUCUCUGCUGCUAAAGCCUGAUAAAUUGGCUUGCCCAGCUGGUGCCGUCACCCCUCAAUCUGUGGUCACAGCCUUAAGUGUUCUCACACAGUCUGGACCAGUAUUAGAUGUCACAUAUAACAGGUGUGACGGUCUUCCGGUCUGUGACAAUAUCUUCUUUCUUCUUCAUUUUCAUGGCAGUGACGGACUGAUGACGUGAUCUACUUUAUAGCAUAGCAAAUCAUUUUUUAUGCCACUUUUGUUUUUUGGGGGGCUUAAUUUAGUUUUUUUUAUAACCUUAACGAAUAAGUUUGCAGAUCUUUAACCAGCUUUGUAUUUUUACAGUUUCUGUAAUGCAUGUUAUCCCAAUUUAUUUGUCUGUGUUAGUCAGCCGCAUGUCAUGUCAUGUCAUGUCAUUUCUUGCCUUUUGGCAGACUUUUAAAGCUUUCGUUAAAACCGAUCAAACUUCUGUAUUUUUGUAUUCCAGUUUAUAGACCGUCAAAUCAACAGAAGGGCAGUGCAAAAAUCAAUCAUGGCUACGGCAGUACGGCUACCUCCCGCAGGCCAGCAAGCAGAUGUCUACCAUGCGCUCAGCUCAAAUCCGGUUGAACGCCAUCAGCGACAUGCAACGCUUUUACGGGCUGGAGAUCACAGGAGUGUUGGACCCCGCCACCAUCGAGGCCAUGAAGAGACCCCGCUGUGGCGUCCCAGACAAGUUUGGGGGUCAGAUCAAGACCAAUGUACGACGGAAACGUUAUGCCCUCACUGCCCACAAGUGGGACAAGAGCCACAUAACUUUCAGUAUUCAGAACUACACGCCUAAAGUUGGGGAGUACAACUCAUAUGAAGCCAUCCGACGGGCCUUCAAAGUGUGGGAGAAAGUGACGCCCCUGACAUUUGAUGAGAUCCCUUUCCAUGAGGUCAAAUACGGCCGUCGGAAGGAACCUGAUAUUAUGAUCUUCUUUGCAUCUGGUUUUCAUGGUGACAGCUCCCCGUUUGACGGAGAGGGGGGCUUUCUGGCACAUGCUUACUUCCCUGGUCCAGGAAUGGGUGGAGAUACUCAUUUUGACUCAGAUGAGCCUUGGACCGUCGGUUCAGAAAACCUACAAGGCAAUGAUCUGUUCCUGGUAGCCGUACAUGAGCUGGGUCAUGCCCUUGGACUGGAACACUCCAAUAAUCCUUUGGCUAUUAUGGCUCCUUUCUAUCAGUGGAUGGACACCGAAAACUUUGAGCUGCCUGAGGAUGAUCUCCGUGGAGUUCAGCAGAUUUACGGGCCCCCUAGCAGUUCUCCCACUCAGGCUCUCCCGACUGUGAACCCCCGGCGACCAGCCCCUCCAGACCCCAGGGCACCCCAUCCUCCUAAGAACCCUCCCGGAGCGCCCCCUCGCCGGCCGGACAGGCCUCGCACUACCGAUCGCCCAGAUCACUACGGCCCCAACAUCUGCGAGGGCAAUUUUGACACAGUCACCAUGCUCAGGGGAGAAAUGUUUGUUUUUAAGGGCCGAUGGUUCUGGAGAGUGAGGAGGAACAGAGUGCUGGAUAACUACCCAAUGCCUAUUGGACACUUCUGGAGGGGUCUGCCGGGAGACAUCGACGCUGCAUAUGAAAGGCAUGAUGGGCGAUUUGUGUUUUUCAAAGGGAGUCAGUAUUGGUUGUUCAGAGAAGCCAACCUGGAGCCCGGUUACCCUCAAGAACUGAUGAGCUAUGGCAGAGACAUCCCAUAUGACAAGAUAGAGACAGCCAUUUGGUGGGAACCUUCAGGCUUCACUUACUACUUCAAAGGAGACUGGUACUGGCGCUUUAAUGAGCACUCCAGAGCUGCAGAUCAGGACUACCCUAAGCCAAUCAGUGUGUGGGGCACUUCUGUGCCGUCUUCCCCCAAGGGGGCCUUCCUCAGCGAUGAUGGAGCUUAUACAUACUUCUACAAAGGUACAAAGUACUGGAAAUUUGACAACCACAGAAUGAAGAGCGAGCCAGGCUACCCAAAAUCCAUUCUUAGAGACUUCAUGGGCUGUAAUGUGGACCUCGAUCCUGACAGAGAAACCGAUGUGGAUCCGGGUCGCAAGGCGCCUGACAGACCACCCUUCAACCCCGAUGCUGGCCGAGACAAAGACAAGGAAAAGGACAAAGAGAGAGACAAAACCAAUGAUGCUGACUCUAAAGAGGAGACGGAAGAGAAAACAAACGAGGUGGAUGUAGUUCUGAAGAUAGACGAGACCGAGCGUACCAUGAACAUCAUAAUGGUGACGGUACCCCUGGUCCUGGUGCUGUGCAUCUUGGGAUUGAUCUAUGCUAUCAUUAACACAUUGCAGAGGAAAGGAGCACCCAAGUAUUUAGUUCACUGCAGACGUUCACUGCAGGACUGGGUUUAACCUCUCAGAAUGACCCUCGAUCUCUCUUCUGCCCUUUCAUUUCACACGUCAAAAACUUGCACACAGACAACACCACCAUAAACAUGCUUGCAGAUAUUGACACACACAUUCAUGUUCACCCUUUUUUUCCUUUCCCAUGGUGCUCUCCUAACACGUUGACUAGUAUAUUUAUAUCAGAAAGUUUGCACAUUGAUUUUGUUGUUCGGUUUUUCUUUUCAUAAUUUUAUUUUCUAAUGAAUCUGUCGUUUGUGGGUUUCUCUACAUUUCUAUUUUUAGGAUGUCACAAUUAGUCAUCUGCAAUCACAGCAUAAAUGAUGAAGGGGGAAGUCUUGCAGAGCAAAAAGAGAGGAAUAGGAAAGCGGAGAAAGGAAAUAUCUGUUAGGAAUAUUUCUGGAUCCAUUCACCUUUUCUCAGGACUUUCAGCUGUGGUUUCCCAACUGACUGGGCAAGUCAUAAUAUAUCAUCAUAAAGACUGUAAGGACUGUGGCCAUUUGCAUCAUAACUUGUUAAUAAUGUGUUGAUAUACAGUGUGGUCCAAGUGUCUGAGAGUUUUAGGAUUUACUUUAAAAAAAAUUAAUUAUUAUAUAUCUUUUUUUUGAUCAUGCAGUUUGCGUGAAGAAAUUCAUGUACAUUUUUCAGCUCAAAUUGUUAUGCUAAUAAUAUUUUAAUUUAUAAAGCAUUUAUUCCAUAAAAAAAAUCACUACAUUAAAAAGGAGGGUCGAAAAGAGAACUGUAGUUGAAAAUGUUAGAGUUAAUUCACAAACAACUGGACCUGGUUAUUCAAUCAUUAACUAUGUCCAGCUGCAUUUGACUAAAUUUCGCCUGCUAUUUGUUUUGAUGUCAUAAAAAUAGGGACUUUCCUUUAAAAUUUGCUUACCUAGUGCAAUCAUAACAAAAAGUCCGAUUUUAUUACCUGCCUGUUUUUAUCAACUGUGCCUUGAUCGUGCCAGCCAAACAUGUUUUAUGUGGUUCUAUCCAUAUUUGUAGAGCCUUACCGAUUUCUUUCUUGCAAGCUGUGUUUUUAUCUCUCAAAAAUCCCAUGACACUGUGGCAAUUAUAAAUUUCAUUGUCUGAGGAACAUAACACUUAGGUUAGGUUAGGAAGCUUUAAGCAAGAUUUUGCUGAUGCUGAAGCCAUUUGCUGAGUGUAUAUUUAUAUAAUAGCAUUUUCAUAUUUUAAUUUGAACAAAAGAGCUAUAAAAUGAAUACCACUAGUGUAUACCAAUUUAAAACUCUGUAAAAUACACUUGAGAAAACUUCUCAGGCACAGUUAUAAAUAAAAGCAUUAGUAGGGGUCCACUGUUGUAGGGAAUGUUAGGUAACAGUCUAAUUUUAAAAACAGCAGGAGGUGGAAGCCAUUGCUAACCUCUUUCUACUCCAACCCAAAGCUCUCCCUACCUAAGAAAUAAUACUCACAUUGACCAAAGUGGGCUGAGAAAAGAGGGAAAGAAUCAGGGACAACUGUGAGUUUAAAUGAAAGGGUUUAGAUGCAGAAAUGUUCUAUCUUAAGUCUUUGUGAAAGGGCUUAUGGUGUGUUAGUAAUAGUAUGAACUGGAUUGUAUUACAGGGAUGGGAAUACUUUAUAGGUGGGGUUGUAAUAAACAAACAGAAGUGGGAUAAACCCACAUCAAGCUCACUCUCGGGCUGAAACAUACUCCUACGCAAGUAUGUGAACGUGUUUAUUUAGCUACCUCAAUUUUAUGUUGCAUUCUCAGCAUUGCCACAAGGAGUGCUAUUGCAUAUAUUCGUAUAAACGUAAAAGGGAAUUAAUUUCCAAACAGGAAUGAAUUUCUUCUGGGGAUAGAUGUUCUUCUGUUAUGCAACAAUAGAGAAUCUUUCUGAUCAAGUUAAGGUUAAACUUUUGACAUGUUUCUAGCAAGCUACCUGAAUAAAACUUUCACUGAUACUUGACGUUUUAAGGUAAAUCCACCUCUCCUUGAGUACUGAGGUUUGAAUUUGAACGCACAUUAAGUAUGUCUGAUGAGACAGCCCACUUGCAGUGCAUUGGCCUAGCAUUCACAUCUGCGUUAGUAUACUUGCGUAGAGUAUAUAUUUGGCCCAAGCUUGAGAUGUUUGUUAGAUAGUGUGUGUGUAGCAAUAUCAUCCCUAUCUGAGAGCUUGCUGGCACACAAUCCCAUGGCCCACAUUGCAAGAGUCCACUGCCAGUUAUUUUUGGAGCGCAUUUCUUGACCAGCAGCGGAAACAGAAUCCCUGUUUCAUACACGACUUAUUCAUGCUGAUGAUAUCUACUAGGCAAAGUAGACAAAUUAGGCAAGUUUCCUAAUAUUGUAAGAUAUAACUGCUGUCAGGUAGGUCUGUGUCUGCUUUUUGUGGUGUUUGCUUAGUCUAGUGUCUAACCUACAUAAACUCAGCUAGUAUACUCGGACACGGAAAGCAUUAAGAAACAAACUGCCACCACUUUUAAAGUGCCUCUGACAAAAUCUCAGUCAUUUACUAUUCACAAUCAGCAAGAGAGUUUCUUAUUUCACAGUGGGAGAGGCGGAGAACGAAAGUGAGUGCUAUUAUAAAUAUUGUCUUGCCAGACAAGGUAGAGCAGAAAGCACUUUGAUAAAUAUCAUUGGAAGAGUAGAGGAGACACAGGACAGUCAUGAUCGGAAUGCUGUCACUGAUGAAUCCCACCGAAAAUCAUUGCCAGGCAAUCUGCCCCUCCUCACAGUGCUCCUGUCGUCCGAGGAGAUUUGGAGGAGAGUUAAUAAGACAUAAAAGCUCUUCCGUCCCUCCCCCAACACCCUCUACCUUCUCCAGGCGCCCAGAUCAAUAGAGGAAUACAUAAACAAGCCUGAAGUAUAUCUGAAACACUCACUCUCAGGGGCUCACCCAGGCCUUAUCCUUUUCCCACCAUAGCCCAUUCUUUGUCUGAUUUUCACACACCUUUAUGGCAUUUUUUUCCGUAAUCAGCAACUUUUACAUGCUAUUUGCAUUGUAUUUUGUACAUACUGUAGUACCAUGGUAAUACCAUUUUUUGGACUAACCCAAAAUGAUCUACAGUACAGCAUCAUGCAGCAUUGCAUUCAGGACCAGAUCAUGGUUCCUUAGGGCCCCUGGGCAAGCAUCUUUGGAGCCUUCCCUCCUAGUUCCACUACUAGUGGUUAACCUCUUAUCCUGCAUCAGGCAACUAUUUAGAGAACACGUUUUGCAAGGAUAAUUUUAGGUGGCAAACAAAAGUAGCCCUAGCCACUGAGUGCACAUAGUGGUCAGUCUAUUCUGUAUGCAGUGAGGGGACAGGGCCCCUAGUAGUCAGCUCAAUUAUUUAUUCAAGGGGCUAGGGGCUCCAUUGGUCCCACUGUAAGCAUAUUGGUGCCCUAGUAGUCAUGUACCACUGAUGUACUGAGUGGCCGAGGGCCCUAGUGAUAAUGUCUUGUUGCAUGUGCCUGGAGAUACCUAGAACUGUAGUGGUCAUGUCCCAGUGUGAGGACUGUCUAGACUGUGGCACUAGUAGUAGCAUCCCACAGGAUGCAUUAUGGGGCCUGGUGCCUUUGCAAUGUAUGGGCUGGGCAGGUCAUGGCAGUAGAGUGUGCACCAAGGGGGCUGGGGCCCCAAUGCUCAUGUCCCACUGUAUGUGCUGGAUUUUCCAUUUAAAUAGUGGUAAAAUCCCACUGUAGACUGCGGCCAUAUUGGUAAUGCCCCACUGUAUAUGCUGGGCAGUCCAUUAUCCUAGUGGUUAUGUCCCACUGUAUGUAAUGGGAAGGCCCAGGCACCUAGAGGUCAUGUCUCAUUGUGUGCCCCCAGGGCCCUGAUGUAGUUGAUGUGGUCAGUUUGUAUCCUAGGCAGUCCUUUAAGCAGUCUUUGGAUGGUCUUAGGCUUUGAUGGCCAUGGCAGUCUAAGGUCUCUGGCAUUCAGUGUGACUCUAUAAUUUUCAUAGUCAUGAAAAUAAAGAAAACUCUUUGAAUGAGAAUGUGUGUCCAAACUGUGUGUAUAUAAUACAUAUUAUUAUUAUUUUUAUUUUUUUUGUUCACUGUACCAUCACAAUAAGGUGGCAAGGGCAAUAUUUUAGAAUGCAUAAGAGGACUACUUAGUAUCUUUGUUUCUACAAAGAUUUAUUUCAUUUUCAGAGAUAAGGUGAACAGUGACUGAUGAAUAUUAAAAACAGUCUGUUUAUCUGUUAGUAUGGGAUUCUGUAGGUUCAUAGAUCUAACAUUUUCUCCGCCAUCUCAAAUCAUCUCUUGGCCAAGUUUAGGACUUGCUCUUGUAACAAUGGCCCCUCUCUCUUGCUUCAUUAUUGUCCUGCACAUUGCUUCUGGCCAACAGGAAGAUAGACUGGGCCCUCAGCCAGGGUUAGAAAGCUUCCUCCCACCAGUCCUCACACUAGCAUUGCAUACUAACAGCCUUUGUUUAGAGGGCUUUCGGUGUGAAUCAUGGACGUUGACAGUUUUGCUCACACCGUUCUCAUAAACGCAGCUCAGGACCACUGCUAAUUUUUCUGACCACCCAAGUGGACCGUACAGUGACGCUACAUAUGCAGAGGGUGACUUCUGUGUGUAUGUAUAUUCUCCUGAUAUAAACUUGAGCUCUAAUCAGAGGUGCCUCUAAGAACAUCCUUCCACACCAUUUGUUAACCAGUUGCAGUUAUUGAUUUACUAAAUAAGUAGCCAAAAAAAGGUUGAGACAAUAUGUUGACUUCACCUUUGUGGAAUCAGCUGAGUAGAAUGAGACCGUGUAUUUGCUUUUGUCUGCAGUGUUCUGUGUCAAGGGUAGAAUCAAUAUCAAAUCAGCCUGUUGUGCAACAAUGCAUCUAGGCUUGCACACAGUCCUGAAGGGAAUCUGAAUGAGCCUUACAAAAAAAGUGCUGUUUGACAAAGCAUUUUCAGACAAAAUAUUGUGGCAAAUUACUAACAUUUAAAGCAAUGCUGUUAAUGUGCACAAAGUUGUGCUGCAUUAUUUUCUUAAACACCUCCUUAUCUUCAUUAAUGAUGGUAAAAUGAGAUUUAGUUUAAUUGUAUUGUCAGUUAAUAUUUUUUUCUUAAUAAUACCUUAAAUUUGGUCAUUUUAAAAUUGUAAAUAGUAUCUUUUCAACUUUUUUUUUUUAGAUUUUUACCCUGUUAAUAACAUUCCAAUUUGUGUUUUUGAUUUUUUUUUCUUAUGUAGAAACUGAGGAUUUUAUACAUUUGUGUUUGUUCACAUCUUCUGAGUGUGUUUAACAAUCCAUGCUGGACAUGUAAACAAUAAUAAAAAAUAAAAAAAAAGAUGUUAAAGAA